AUGGGGGCAUCAAAAUCAAGUUAUCAGGAGAACAAAAUGCAAAGAUUGAAGGCAGCGUUGAUGAUGAUUGUGGCUGAUUUGAUAAUUGCUGGAUUUAAUGUUUCAUAUAAAGUAGCUUCACAUGAUGGAAUGCAUAUGAGCGUUUUGAUUACUUAUCGUUACUUGUUUGCUCUCAUUUGCCUUUCUCCAUUUGUUCUCUUCGCCAUCAGAAGGGGGCCAAUGUCACAAAAUCUAUAUGCUAAGGGUUUGGUUCUAACAUCGGCCACAUUUGCUUCUGCUUUUAGCAAUCUUAUCCCUCCAUUCACCUUCGUUAUAGCCGUUCUUCUAAGGUUGGAAAAGGUUGAACUAGGUAAAAUUUCAGGAAAAGCAAAAGUCGUUGGAACCCUUGUAGCGGUUGGCGGGGCAACGCUUCUUACUUUUUACAAAGGUCAACAACUCAAUCUCUGGUCAACUCAUUUCAGCCUUUUAAACGACGAUAAACGCAUAAGUGGCCAGGUGGCAGCUGCUCGGACGACUUCUACACAACACAUAAUAGGCUCAAUAUUGGCAAUGGGUUCUGCUCUAUCUUAUGGCCUCUAUUUAAACCUCCAGGUCAAUACUCAUCAUUCACUAAUAUCGUAG